UGUCGCGCUGUUUUCUGUCCGGCUGUCACGACGUUGAAUAUGAAAUAUAUAAGUCGCAGCUUCUAAUAUUAAACAAAUGAUGGCACGCUCCUUUGGUUGGUUGUAUACAAACAUAUCACCAUCGCCGCAUUUUUAAAAUAUCAUUAUCCUUGGUAUUUUUGUAUAUUUCCUCUCACGGCCACAGGAGUGUAUGUCCUUAUUUGGUGCUCCCUAAAGAGACAGCACUACCCAGUCUUCAGUUGCACUUCACGGCCAAUUACUAGAAGAUAUCGAAAUAACUUCCUGGAUACUGAUGUAGGUUCGUGUAACGUUGGGAAUGUUUACAUAAUUAGCACUAGUGUGAAAGCGUGUUGAAGCAGCAUGUCUGUGGAGAAUGUUCCAGCACCUCUUCCACCUCCACCUCCACCUCCACCUCCAUCACUGGCUCCUUCAGUGUCCAGCAAGAAGAAGCUUUACCAGGCUUUAGCAGAGGGAAGGGCCCCUGUAGAAGGGGACCACGAAGAGGCCAGAAUUAUUCUAGGACAGAGAGAAAGCAGUUUUAGGAGGGAUCUGCAGUGGUUGCUGUUCAAUAAGUACGUGCCUUCACUUAUUCAAGACGGUCCACAAUGUGGUCUUGUGGCCUUAUGGAUGGCGGCUCAUCUCCUGCAGCCUCCUAAGACGGUGUCGCUGGAGACGCUGGUACAGACGGCCAAAGACAAAGGCUUUACUGAACAAGGAGAAAUGUUUUCUGCUAGUGACAUGGCCAGGCUGGCGGAGGACGUGUGCGGGUGCAGAGUUCAGAGGUUAUCAGGAGGCAUGAUGGGAGAAAACACUUCAGUCGUUCUUGAACACCUAGCUGCCGGGCAACCUAUUCUUAUACCAUACGAUGAGGAUUUUAAUCACGAGCCAUGUUUACGCAACGGCCACAAAGCCCACUGGGCAGUCAUCUCAGGCGCUUUGCUGGGUUUAAGACGGGGGUGCGUGGACGGCGCACACUUCCCCCCCGACCUCACACUUCCCUGGCUGCAUCUCUCUCAGGAGCAGGCUUCUGUCUCGUGGCCGGCCGGUGAUAUUAAAGAGCUGUUUGUUCUGGCCAAGCAGGGGAAGAGUCUACGCUACCAGCUGUGGAAGUUUGAUCUGGUAACACGGAGCAACAGCCAGCUCAAAGAGAUGGACCCCCAGAGAGCCUGCGACGGGACGAGGUACGUUCUCCCUCCAGGAGGUGUGCGGGGCGGUCUGGCGGGACAGGUGCUGCUGCUCCACACAAACACGUGGAAGAGCUGAUCAAGAACACCGAACACCGAACACACUUCUACAGACCUGUAUUUUCAGUUCUCGUCCACUAGGUGUCCUUACAAAGCGUUAGUUACUCUUAUAGGAUAAAUGAUAUUACAUAGGAGAGUUUACAUUGAAGAAUGGCUGCAGAGAUAUUAUAUAUAUAUAGUAUAUUUCACAAGCAGGUGGUUUUAGAAAAUAAACUGCUAGCUCUCCGGUUUGUACAACAAUCACGGUUUCGACCGUUGUGUGUUUAACAACGAGGAGAUAGUGAACCGUUCUGUCGGGAGGUAUGAGGUAAUCUUCUAGACUUGAUCAGAACAUUCAGUCCGGUUCAGGACAAACAAACCGAACGGAGGGGGCGGCUCUGAUGUCAUUCACUGGUGACCCUCAGUGACAGAGCAGAGCUGAUGUCAUCCAGCGGUUUCAGAACCCGUCGCUUGUGCAACUUGAGGAAGAGCUGGUCUCCACACAGGAAGUUAUGACAGAGGAAAACAUCACUUGGCAGGAAUAGAACGUUUACUGUAAUAAAGUGAGCAGCGUUUUUGUAAUCUAGAUCACGUCCAGGACAUGCUCUCGGGUCAAUUCUGUGAAGCGCUCCGGUUUUAGGAUUGUUCGGUAACACUUUAGUAGGGACCAGAUCUCAGAAUUAAUUAGAUGCUUGUUAGCAUGCAUAUUAUUAUCACACGCGAACAUGGAUCAGGAAACCGGUCAUGAGGGUCAAUUUUAUAAAUAAAUAAGCUUUGCGUUGAUGUGCGGUUUGUUAGGAGAGGGCAAUAUUUGGCAGAGAUGCAUCCAUUUGAAAAUCUGGAAAAAAAAUACUAAAGAUUGAGAAAAUUGCCUUUAAAGUUGUCCAGAUGAAGUUCUUAGCGAUGCAUAUUACUAAUCACAAGUUAAGUUUUGACAUAUUUUGACACAAUUACGAAAUAUCCUCACGGAGCAUGAUCUUUACUUAAUAUCCUAAUCAUUUUGGACAUAAGAAGAAAACCUAUAAUUUUGACCCAUAUAAUUAGCUAUUGCUACAAAUAUAGCCGUGUGACCUAUAACUGGUAUUCUGGUCCACAUAUAGGCUGUUUAUUAUUAUUUAUAAAAGCACAUAUUCUCCAUCCGUAAUCCUAUACCCAGUACCUAAACCUAACUAUCUUUUUAAUCAGUAAGCAGUAAAUGAAGAGUCUGGGGGGAAAGUUGUAGUUACUGGUCAGUUAAUAGUGAGAACUGGUCCUUAACUUCAAGUGUGACUGACUUUUCUGUUUUUGGUUUUAUUUUCAAAAGAGGAUUCUUGUGCUUAAUUUAUUUUAAAAGUAAGUAAUAUUGUGACAUUACAAUUUAAAAAAUGUAUUAAUAUCUUUUAAAAUGCUAAUUAUU